AUGAACAUUGACUCUGUGAGUUUUUUGCGAUUCAAAGUCCCAUCGCAUGGAUUUUUCACUACGAUGAUGGCAGUAUCAUUGAAGCGAUCUGCUACUACUCUCAUACAAAGAGGCUUUGCACAAAGCCAGCUGCUCCCCGCCAGCUCAAGAUGCUUCUCCGUGCUCAACCGCCCGCCGCCGAACUAUGAUGGCCACAUACCUCUCACCAGGACAGAGAGACUUGGUCUAGCUUUAGGAUCCGGGCUCUUGAGCUUCCUGGAUCCCCGAAGAGGCGACCUCAUCGCCGCAUUCGGUGAAGCAACCGCGCAACCGUACUUCAUCUACAAGCUCCGCGACCGCAUGCUGCUCAAUCCAACCGGCCGUCGAAUCCUCCGCGACCGUCCUCGACUUACAUCCACAUCUCUCAACGUACCUCAUUUGCGCUCACUCCCGUCAAAUACGCUCGGCUAUGCGUAUGCCGCGUGGCUCGACGCCGAAGGCGUUUCGCCAGACACAAGGGCAGGCGUGCGAUACAUUGAUGACGAAGAAUGCGCAUACGUCAUGCAAAGAUAUCGUGAAUGCCAUGACUUCUACCAUGCGCUGGUCGGGCUGCCCGUCUUCCGCGAGGGCGAGGUCGCGCUCAAAGCCUUCGAAUUCGCGAACACUGGGUUACCAAUGACAGGCUUGGCAGUCUUCAGCGCAUUCACAUUGAAGAAGGCUGAAUGGGAAAGAUUCUGGGAGAUAUACGGGCCGUGGGCUUUCCGGAACGGGGCGAAGAGCGAUGACGUGAUCAAUGUCUACUGGGAAGAAGAGUUAGAAACGGAUGUCAAUGAGCUGAGAACGAGACUGGGAAUCGAAGCGCCACCGAAUAUGAGAUCGAUACGCAAAUCAGAGCGGGAGGCGAGAAAGAGAGAAAAGCAGGCUCGAGAAGCUUCUGCUGCUGGUCCUGUGUAA